CUCAUGACACUCAGGGCUCACGCCUCACCCUCAGGACACUCAGGGCUCACACAGCAGGCCUCAUGACACUCAGGGCUCACGCCUCACCCUCAGGACACUCAGGGCUCACGCAGCAGGCCGCCGCACACUGCGCCGCGCCACAACUGUACGGAAGCUUGGGAAUCAAGUGCAGUAUAUCUUCCUCCCUGUACACCUGAGAAGUGAUCAUCUUAUUGGUAGGCAGCCAAGACAGUUGGCCCAUGUUGGCAAGAAGUGGUGGACGCACCCACCUGUGUUCCUCUCUUCUUCUUCCCAACAUUUUCCAUCCAAAUACUACUAUUUGGAGGACCAAAAUAAUGGGAAAGAACAAAGCUAAAGGAAACUCCUCAAAGGGAAAAAAUGAGCAGGCAGUGUCUGGAUGUAGCGAAGCUGUGAAACAUGAUGGUCCAAUCUCCAGUGACAAAUCUGGCAAUGUGGUUAUUAAGAUCUUAGCUAAACCAGGAGCGAAGGAAAAUGGAUUUACUGACAUUAGCACUGAGGGUGUUGGUGUUCAGAUUGCUGCACCACCCACAGAAGGGGAAGCCAAUACAGAGCUGGUCAAGUUUCUGGCUUCUGCACUAGGAGUUCGGAAGAGUGAUGUAAGCUUAGACAGGGGAUCAAGAUCACGACAGAAGACAGUGAAAGUGAGUGGGACAUCUGUAGCUGAUGUGGAGCAAAAGCUGAAAAAUUGUUGUAAAUAAGUGAACACUUUAGUUUUUUUUAUUCCAUUAUUUAUUCUACAAGUUAUUUGUGUGAAUUUGUGCAAUGGCACAUUACCAGGAUCUGAGAGAUAAAGAUUAAAGCACCCUGGUGUAAACUUUAUACAGAAAAUUCUUAAAACAUUUUCUGUGUUCCAUUCACCUGGGCUGUAGGAGUCUCGAACUGUGGACCCCAUGAGUGUGAGGCAGAAGCUCUAUUGACUGGGCUAUGAGUAAUCUUAAUAAGGAAAGUUUCCAGAAGCAACGUCCUGCUGCCAAACUGGAUUUUUUUACUUUCCCUGACUACUGUACUACUUAGACUCUGAGGAAUUAGUGUUUCACACCAACGUCUUAUAAAUUGUCAUCAACACUUCCGUGGAAAUAAACAUUCCAUUCACCUGGGCUGUAGGAAUCUCGAACUGUGGACCCCACGCGUGUGAGGCUGAAGCUCUACCGACUGGGCUAUGAGUAGUCUUAAUAAGGAAAGGUUCCAGAAGUUGCAUCCUGCUGCCAAACUGGAAUUUUUAACUUUUCCUGACUAAGACCGAGGCUCAGAGGAAUUACCUCUGGGGUCCACGAUUUAAGAUUCCUACAGCCCAGGUGAAUGGAAUGUUUAUUUCCACAGAAGUGUGGAUGACAUUUUAUUUUCUGUGUUAUUACCUUUGAUGUACUGAAGUUUGGAGGUACAUAUGUACUUUGAAUAUUAAAAAGUAGAGUUCUCGGCUUGCCUAACAUUGUUACAUAUUUAUAAAAUAGAAAAAUCUUUGUCAUGGCUAGCUUAAUGCAUUUGAUGCCAAAAUCGAUACUAGAAUUCCCAUUUUUUUAUCAGAAUCUCAAGUAGAUCCUCCCUUAAUUCCCUAUUUUUCUUUUACAAAUAUAGAUGGCUUUUACAAAGCCAUCUAUAUUUAGGGGUUAUUUAAAAUAUAACAAGUGUCAAAUGGCUAGGAUAUACAUCUUUUCCUCAAGCUGGAGUAGAAUAGACAUUGACUACAAGCCUGAGUUUAUAAGAAUUGAAAAAUACUGUUGUCAAUGAUCCAUUUAUUGCAGUCUUUUAUAUUGAAUGUUACCUUAUUUGCUGAGUGAGUAUAUAUUAUAAUUUGUAAUGUCAGUUCAAAGAGCUUAAUUUUACCACUCUGAGGCAUUUCAGAAUUCAAAAUGCAUAGGAUUUCUUGACCCAAAAUAUUCCCAGAUUGCAGUGUAGUGUUAAAUUACACUGUACAGUACAUUAUUGUACUUGGUAAUGGUCUUGGACACAUAUUCUGUUUAUAAUAUUUUAAUAUUUUUUUCAUAAUAAAAAAAACACAAAUU